AUGAGAGGUCAUAGAAGCGGUGGACCUGAGGUGGUGAUGGUGGUGGUGGUGGUGCAGAAGCAGCAGCAGCAGCAGCAGACGCAGCGACAACAACAACCACAACAACAACAGCGAGUCCCACUACCACCACCACCACCGCCACCACCAUUUUUGCUAACGACCGCGCAUACAUACGGACAAAGGUGUCACUUUGAGUUAGGCUGCCUCAUUAAUUAUGUGCUCCCCGCAAAUUCUACACAUUCUUCCCAUUUCCCUCUCGCUCUCCGCCUCUCCCCUUCUCUCUCUCUCCCAGUCUCCCUCAUUGUUACUAUUGAUCGUAAAUUAGUGCCUCAGAUGCUCCCCUUUCAUGAGGUCUCAGCUAAAUUUGCGGCAGGCGGCCUUAUCAAAGCUGUGCAACCUUGUCUUGAGCUCAACACUCGGUGUUUUCUGCUGGUGGACAUCCGAAACUUUGCCCGUGAGACUGAAGUGAAGUUGAUGAGUAAUGCCAAUCGACCGCUCCUAACAUUGAACCAGGAGUUAAAUUUUCUCAUGAUUCAAGCAAUACACGUACUGCGAUUCCAUCUUCUGGAGAUUGAAAAGUGUGGUGUGGUGUUAGUGUUGGUUGGGGUAGUGAUUAAUGCGACCAUUGCGUGGGACAGGCCUGUUGACGCCCCUCUCGCCGCUCCCCACACCAAAAGUGGCGUGUGCGUGGGUGCGUGUGUGCAUGGGAUUUCCGGCGUUCACGAACUCUGCGACAACUUCUGCACUCGUUACAUCGCCUGCCUCAAGAGCAAGAUUCCCAUCGAUCUGGUGAUUGAGGAUCGCGAAUCUGGAGGUUCCACAGGUUCAGCGGCUGGCAGUCCCCAACCACCCUCGUCCGCUUCCUUCGCUUCCGAUUUGACUCCCUUCGAGAACGCCACCAAUACUGCAACGGCGUCUGGAAAGUCCUCCACCCUUCGACAAAACGCGGACGAAGGCCAGACGGGCGAGGAGCAGGCCAGAGGAUCGGGUAGCAUGAGUGUGUAUGUUAACUUCAUGAGGAAGAGCUGUCAGGAGUCAUCAGACAGGUGUCGCCUGUCGGAAGACCUCAUCACUGAACUGGAGGAUGGGCAGCAGGAGGUAUUGACUCACCCUCCUCCUCGACCUCUUAUGCCGCCUCCUCAAUCUUCCAAUGUCGAGCCCCACCUAUUCGUGACAUCUGUGCUCCACAAUACCAUGACCACAUGUGGAAUGGAACACCCGGGUGGGAGAGAACAAACAUUUGUUCAGAGCAAACUCUCCACAGCUGGUCUGUUUCCCAUUGGCCAAAGUGUAGACUUUCAUCACAGCUUCAGUGGACCAGGAUUCGUUAAUUCUACCCCUGGAGGAUAUCGAAGCGAGAGUUUCCUAGAGGAAGAUGUCUACCGUGGUCAUCCGAUGGUGGCGCACUCCAAUUCUUCCCAGUAUCCACCACCUCUAGCUCCACCAGGACCUGCCUACUCAACCUACUCAUCUCAUACCCAUCACACUGACACCACGGACCAACCCUUACCUCCCCGAUUCUACCGAGAUGCUGAUCCCUGGAGUCAACAACCCUACUUCCCCUGUCCGACCAAUCCUUUCGCCUCUGAGGUGUCACGAAUCUUCCCCUACGAGUCCGGAGGCGGUAGUGGUAGUGGCAGCAGCAGUAGUGGAUAUGGACAUUACAGCACCCACGGAAUAGUCAAUCCACUUUCGAGGAAGACAGACGUGAGAGGGAAGAAUGGCUCAUGGCCUGCAAUCGACAUGACUGGAUCUAGUAGUGGCAAUGGAACUGGAACGGGUGGAGGCAAUUCCACGACAACUGGGGGACAGGAAAUGUCAAAAAAGAUCCGCACUAACAUAGUGGAUGCUACUCAGUAG